GUGCGGACUUGUGGGUUUGAUUCCGGCCACUCUAAUCGCCCGAGGCACGGCCGGCCACCGGGGCUGACCGGUCGUCCCCUCCUGAGCCAAUACAGUUGACCGACACGAGAGCUAGUGUGUGGACCGGGAGCCGGGGCGAAUCGAACAUGGCGCGGUCGCAGUGAUACGCGAACCGAUAUGAGACACAGCUCUCUCAUUUGACUCGGACUAAUGUGAUAAAUGUGAUACGUGUCUUCUUUGCUGCCGAGUGAAGCGUUUCAGUGUUUAACGUGUGGCGAUGUCGGACUGCGAGCAGGAGGAGCGAGACGCCAAGCCGCCGGGCGCGGCACCGGCGACUGAGACAUCGACAGAGCUGCUGACUCGGCUUCUGGGGCAGCAGCUGGAGCUGGCGGCCAGGCGUGACGAGCAGCUAACGAUGCUUCUACAACACAUCCAGCAGGGCGCGGCUGCCGGCGCCCGACCAGUCGACGGCAGCGGCGCGCUUGCGGCGGCGGGUGGCGGCAGCGCGCCUACGGCGUCUGGCGGCGGCGGCGCGCCUGCGGCGACUGGCGGCGGGAGCGCACCUGCGGCGGCCGCGGUUACAGAGAGUGUCGCCGCCGCGGCGGCUGUGCCGCCUACAGUCGGUUCCCGGCAACGGAUCUGCCUGCCGGCGACUGGGACGCCAGUCCCCAGGCUGCACUCAUCAGCGUCACUCAUCGAAUUCGACACAUGGAGAAGAAAAUUCGACGGAUACUGUCUGCUCACCCGUGUGCGUGAGCUAACAACAGCGGAACAGAAGGCCGCCCUCAUCGCCGUAUUAGACGACGACUGGACACGGAUCGUCGACUUCGGGCUCCAGCUACCCGCGGACGCGGAUCUGGACAGCGUCCUCGAGGCCAUGCAGAAGUACUUGCGUCGCCAACGCAACGUCAUAGUCGACCGCAUGGACUUCACAGCCAGACUACAGCAGCCCGGUGAAUCCAUCGACGAGUAUGUGUGCGCCCUGAGAGAGAUAGCAGCGUGCUGUGACUUUUGCCAACACUGUGCCGAUGAUCGAUUCCGGGAUCAUAUCGUCGUGGGCACAAUCGACAGUGACGCGCGAAGGCGCAUGCUAGAGACUGCCGACCUCACAUUUGAGAAAGCGCUGGACAUAUGUCGUGCCUGUGAAUGCGCCACCAACAACAAUCAGGAGAUCACGCAGUCAGGGACGGUCGGACGGAUAUCUCGCUACCGUCAAGAGAAGAACCGGCGACGUUUCGCCAGUGAAGACUCGAUCCAGCUGAGCCGGUGCCGCCGGUGCGGCGCGGCGGAGCACAGCGAUGACAGACGCUGUCCUGCUCUGGGCCGCGCUUGCAACAGCUGCGGUGAGCGCGACCACUUCGCGGUCACUUGCCGAGGCCGGGCCAGCGGGCGGCGCACGACGGGGAGCAGUCUGCCGCGAAUUCGCCACGACCAUGAGCGACCGCGGAGUGACGAGCUCACGCCCCCGCGCGCGGAGCGUGGCCGCAGCCGUGGCCCUGGAACCAGAAGCGCCGACAGCGCCACCUAUGGUAAUCAGGCUCGAAGGACCAGCGCCACCUCUCGGCGACGCCAGCAGUUCUGGAGCUCUGGCGGCAAUCGGGUGGCCGGCAUCAGCGGAGACGGAGACCUGGUCAGUGGAAGCGAGGAGGAUGAAGAGGCAGACUCAACAGCAGCGUCGCUGUUGAACGUAUACGUUUCAGAUGUGCGACUGAAGAACAGCAGCGUGAAGCGCUCCCCACGCAUAGAACUGGAGACCAUGUAUCGGGGUCGGCGACCGAUUCCAACCACCUGGACCCCUGAUACCGGUGCAGAGGUCUCGGUCAUAUCACGAGACCAAGCCAGGCUUCUGGGCGUCGAGCUGGACGAUCUGCGCCCGUCGAAGACGACACUGUGGACCGCUGAUGGACGGAAAAUGCACUGCAUGGGGACAUGUAACCUGACGCUGCUUCUUGGAGACGUCAGCCACUCAGCCGAGAUAUCUGUCAUGGAGUCACUUCACACGCCUCUCCUGUCGUGGCACGACUGCGUGAAGCUCGGCAUCUUGCCGCCUGGUUUCCCUCGGCAGAUCAGACGUCUGGAGAGCCACCACUCGUCUGGAGGACCGGACAGUGAGCCGGCAGGCGCGCGCAGUCGGAGCUCGCCAGCUGCUGCGCCACCCACGCGCGCUGCCAGACCCCGCUCAGCCAGCCCAGCAACCACGAGGCAGCCACCGGCAUGGAUCAGCAAGAUGAAGAGAUGCCACACUGGCAUACCGCCGGAUGAACACCGUCAACAACACUUCGCAGCUCUGAAGGCAGAAUUCCCGAAGGUGUUUGACAUCGAAUCAGGACUACGGGAGAUGGUCGGCGAGCCAAUGUCCAUUGAGCUCACGGAUGACGCGACGCCGUACGCUCAGACGAGCGCGCGCAACAUCCCAUUCAACUGGAGAGACGACGUGCGCCGACAGCUGGACGAACUUCUUCAACAUGACGUCAUCGAAGCAGUCGAACAUCCGACAGAGUGGUGUCACCCACUGUGCCCUGUGGCCAAGACAGACCCUGACGGCAAGUCCGUCGGAUGCCGCAUCACAGUGGACUUCACGAAACUCAACCGAUUCGUGAAGCGGCCAGUGCACCCUGGUCGCACACCACAAGACGCCGUGUCAUCGAUCGCCACUGGUGCCAGCUUCUUCACGAAACUGGACUGCAAAGCCGGAUACCACCAGAUGGCGCUGAGGGAACAAGACCGUGAUCUCACCUGCUUCAUCACGCCGUGGGGCAGGUACAGAUACAAGCGCAUGCCGAUGGGCAUCACCCACUCGGGAGACGUUUACAACCGGCGCGGUGACCAAGCGCUGGGGGACAUCCCGAAUACAGUGAAAGUGGUAGACGACAUGCUAGCGUGGGAUGACGACUACUCCACCCACCUGCUACACGUCUGGAAGCUGCUGAAGAGGUGUGACGAGUACAACAUCACCUUAAACCCAGCGAAGUGUCAAUUCGCCAUGAAGACAGUCGACUUCUGUGGCUACAGAGUCAGCUCAGAUGGGUACACCGUGGAUGAAAAGAAGGUGCAAGCUGUGAAGCACUUCCCGCAGCCGAACAACAUAACAGACCUAAGAGCCUUCCUAGGCUUGGUAAACCAACUUGGUGCCUUCUCAGAUGAGAUCGCGUCGGCCGCUGAGCCACUGCGCCAACUGCUGAAACCUCGCAACGCAUGGCUGUGGACACCAGCGCACACCGCAGCAUUCGAGAAGGUGAAGACGGCACUGGUGUCGCCACCCAUUCUCGACUUCUACAAUCCCACGCGCAGAACUGUUCUGGAGACUGACGCAUCACGUCUCGGAGGCCUGGGAUUCGGCCUCAGACAACAAGACGAGAACGGCAACUGGCGACUGAUACAGUGCGGCUCUCGAUUUCUAACUGAUGUCGAGACCCGCUACGCCGUGAUUGAACUCGAACUACUGGCCCUCGUGUGGGCAUGCUAUAAAGCUGACACAUACCUCAGGGGUAUGCAGACGUUUGAAGUGGUUCUGGACCACCGGCCCCUGAUUCCGGUUUUGAACAAGAAAACACUGGCAGAAAUCGACAAUCCCCGCCUGCGGCGACUGCGCGAAAAGCUCAUCGCGUACAACUUCGUCACCAGCUGGAGGCAGGGAAAGCUCCACUCCAUCCCCGAUGCCCUGUCUCGGGCCCCAGUCGAGCGACCGACGGCGGAGGAUGAAGCAGCUGAGCACGACAUCAGCGUGAGAGUCCAGUCCGUAGUAAGCAGCCUCACCGCUUCAGACAGUGAAACGGACCCCAGCCCGUUCAAGGACGCCGCUCUAGAGGAAGUAAGAGCUGCAUCUACCGGCGACCCAGAGCUGCUUGCACUGAAGCACACGAUCAUGCACGGCUUCCCGGACCAUCGGAGAGAACUGGAGCCGAUACUGCAGCCCUACUGGGGCUGUCGUGAGCGACUGACUGUCGACAACGGCCUCAUCCUGUGCGGCCAGAGACUGGUGAUCCCACAGCAACUCAGACGGGUGACGCUGGAGCGUCUGCAUUCCAGCCAUCAGGGGAUCGAAAGGACCAAGCGGCGAGCAAGACAAGUGGUCUACUGGCCACAGAUCGACAAACACAUCAGCGACCUCGUUGGAGCCUGUUCCAGAUGUCAACGUCACCUGCCGAGCCUGCAGAAGGAACCGCUGAUGCUGGAGCCGCUGCCGACACGCGUCUUCCAAGCUGUGUCCGCCGACUACUUCAGCUGGGCCGGGCGGACCUACCUGGUCUAUGCCGACAGACUGUCCGGUUGGCCGUCCGUGUACCACGUCAGAGGAGAAGCAUCAGCCAGAGCUCUCACCAGAUGUCUCCGCAAGAUGUUUGCGGCCACAGGUGUGCCACAGACACUGAGAACUGACGGCGGAGGACAGUUCACAGCGCGACAUACCCGCGAGUUCUUGAAGAAAUGGGGAGUCAUUCAUCAAAUCUCCACGCCACACUUCCCACAGUCGAACGGACAUGCAGAAGCCGCCGUCAAGAACGUCAAGCGGCUCAUCAAGAAAACGACGCAGCACGGUGAUCUCGACACCGACGAGUUCGUCCACGCUCUGCUCGAGCUUCGGAAUACGCCGCGCGCGGACGGACGCUCUCCAGCGCAGGUGUUAUUUGGCCACCCGCUGAGGUCGGCAGUUCCGGCCCACCACCGCGCGUUUGCGGCGCAGUGGCAAGAGGCUGCGGACACCUGUGAUGCCAGAACUCGACAGCAGAGAAGCCAAACCGAAGAGCGAUACAACAUGACUGCGCGAGCACACCCAACACUCCGAGUGGGACAAAAGGUCAUAGUGCAAGACCCUAUCACGAAGGUAUGGGACCGUACCGGCACCGUGACCGGCGUGGGGAGCAGGCGCGACUUCAACAUCAGACUGCCCAGCGGGCGACUCAUGUGGCGGAAUCGGCGAUACCUGCGACCCCAGAGCGUGGCCGCCUCCCAGUCUCCGCCACCGCAGCCCCAAUCUCCACCACCGCAGCAGCGCCGGCCGGACGGAGAGGCGACCGCCGGCAGCCCGCGGCCUGCGCCUCCGCUGCCGCCUGUCGACGGCGUCGGAGAGCCCCUAGCACCGCUCACCGACGCACCCGCGGCACCAGCGGACGCACCGGAGCCGCGACGCAGCAACCGGCAGCGCCAGCGCACAAAACAUCUAUCUGUGAGCUGGGGCACUAAGUCAUACCAGACGAUACCGUGAUACAGCAUCGCUUACUGUCCGACAUAUGUCAUCCCACACCCUGCGUGGUGCCGGGAGACAUCGUCCUCCGCCUCUGGAAGUUUUUUGUUUUGUUUCUGUUAAUGGCGUUAUGUGCCUGCUAUGUCGUUAGACGUUAAUCACUUUGUACCUCUGUGUUUACGUCUUGCGGGGGAGGUGAUGGGAUAGUUAUCUGGGGGGAGGUGUUAUGUGCGGACUUGUGGGUUUGAUUCCGGCCACUCUAAUCGCCCGAGGCACGGCCGGCCACCGGGGCUGACCGGUCGUCCCCUCCUGAGCCAAUACAGUUGACCGACACGAGA